GGAAAGGGUCCAAAGUUCGGCUCCGUCGUCGAGCUCAUGUCGACCGGGGUAGAAAAUCCGAAAAGUUCGUUUCACCCAGAGCAGAGGCGAUGACGGUGGCUGGCUCAAUAAAUUUUCAACGUUACUAGAGAGUAGAGGAUUAAAAAAGUGGAGGAAAGAAGAAAUUCGCGAGCUGAGUGAGUGCAGAGAUGGACAUGACUCAUGAGGUGGAGCGCGGGGUGAGUGAGGCUCAUCUAUACUAAACGCCUGUCUCUGAUCUCCCUGGGCUGUCAUGGCUGAACACGGCGAAGCCAGAGAGCAGUGGCUUCCUGCUCGCCUGCUGCGCUGCCUGGAGGACUGCACUGAGAAGGAGCUCAAACGCUUCAAGUGGCACCUGUGCCAGCGCUUGCGAGACUGUUGGGAACCUGUCCCCCGAGGUCGCUUGGAAAAGCUGGACGAAAUGGAUGUGGUGGACGCCAUGGUGGAAGCGUACACUGUGGAGGGCGCCCUUGAGAUCACUCUGCACAUCCUCAGGAGGAUGGAUCUAAAUGAGCUUGCAUUCAGACUCUGGAGAGACGCACUAUGCCCCAGCACAGAGCACAAGCCCACCCUCACAGCAGAAGCGGAAGAAGCGGAUCAACAAGAGUUGGCUGAGGACUGCAGCAGUGACUCCGAACACAGUGUGUAUUGGGAUGCGGAGGAAGGAGAUCCUGACUCUCAUCCAGCCCAGGAUCAAAGCCUCGCUGUGGGAUUUGAGGAGGGAGGAGCUGCAUCUCGCACAAGUUUUUUUGGCAAGCAAGAGGCGAUACAGGCUGCACCUAUCACGAGUCUUGCUGCAGGUCUUCACAAGGAAGAUGCUGUCUCUGAACAGCAUGAGAAUGGAUGUUCUGCCUUGAGACUCUGUGAGGAUCCUGUAGAGCGAGGUGUUCCCCCUGAAAAGGGUCCCUCUGUAGGACAUAAGAAUGAACAUGCUGCAGCUGCCAUCAAACUCCUUGGAGAUCCCGAGGUGCAAGAUGUCACCUCUGAGACGAGUUUCUUUGGUGAGCAAGAAGUGGGAGUUGCUGCCUCGAUCUUGAGACCCCCUGGAGACACUGAGAACCAAGAUGUUCCCUCUGACAGUAAUCUUUCUGGAAAGCAUGAGGAAGGGAACAACAACUCAGACAGGAGUCCUCUUGAUGAGGCUGUAAGCUGUCAGAGCGAGAGGGUCCUAAGUUCAGCAGAGCCCAAGAAUUUGUUAGAGGUUUUGACCCUGGAGUUAACAUUCAAGAUGCUGUGCAAAACGCUGGAGCAGCUGCUGCAGCGUGAGCUGGAACGCUUUAAGAACCGUCUCAUUAAGGACUACCCAGAAUUAUUUGAUAGCAGCCUGGAAGAAAAGCAUGCACUGGAUGUUGUUAAAAUGCUGCUAGAGGGUACAUCCAGAUCAGACUCUCUGAACAUCACCUUGCAAGUUCUGAGAAGCAUCGAUCAGGAAGCACUUGCGAACUCACUAGAGAGGGAGAAGGAGAAUGCUAUUAGAAAAUUCCAGAACGAGCUGUUUUUCAAGUUGAAAAGGGAAUUUAAACGCAUAUUUUAAGGAAUGGCAGAGCAAGAAAGCCUGCUCUUGUGUGGAGCUUACAGGAAGGAGGACAUGAGGAUGAACACAGAACGCAGCAUUCUGACAACCGGCUCUGAAUCUCUGCAGCCAGGUGUCUACAAAAGACCUCUGGAGACCAACGUGGGCACUUUCAACAUGGAUGGGUUACCAAAGUUCACCUGACAGUCCUGGAAAGUGAAGUGGUUGCACUAUAAACCAUGGGUGUGCUUGGCAUUUUAGAAGGAAACUUGCUGCAUCUCUGCCAUCACAUUGUGUCCGUUUGUGUGUCACUGUUCUCCACCAACAGAGCACAGAGUUACAGCAACAACCACUGAACCGGCUUCUCUCAGAGGGGUUAAGUUUCCUUUAUGUAGCACACAGUACUGGAUGGUAACACCAACACCACACUCCUUGUAUUACAGCCUGUCUCCCAGCAGGCUGAUGGAAAGCGUGUGUGAUGUGUGGCCCCAGCUUGCAGACUGAGCUCCCUGCUAAUGGAGUGGGAGUGCAAAUCUCAGGAAUGCUGAUAUUGCAAGACACGGGACAAAUAAAAUGAAAUACAAACGCAAAGCAGAGUAUUUAGCGAAUAGUCUGAGUAACCCUGGGCACCCUAGCAGCCCCACAGAACUUGGAGUUGGACAGAAGAGUGACUGCAGAGCGACUGCCAAACGUCCCACGUCUUGGGAAGGCGUCCUGAUGCAACGCGUCGACCCGAGUGCCUCUUGAAGAAAACUCAUUUUCACUGCUACUGUACAUGUUAGUAUCGCUUGAUCUUUGCUCAGUUUAAGAAUCGUCAUUUCCUUAAUUGCCGAAGUCAUAAAUCUUGUACGAUGCCUCUGUUGGUCUUACCCACUGUGGAAUUUUGGUUCACUGUCCCCCAAGCAACAAAAUGUGCACAGAGUAUUGCAUUUGCUGUACAUUAGUGAAAAAGGGGGGUGCGGUGGCGCAGUGGGUUGGACCGCAGUGCUGCUCUCCGGUGGGUUUGGGGU